GAGAGCGCGCAAGUAUCUCCAACCGUAGCUCAACUCCAACCCCAGAUCUGUUCACCAAACACCCAUUUUUGAACCAGACAUGAUCGCGUACACUCCACGCCCAAAAUCUGUUUUAGCUCUCUUCCGUGAGUUGCUGAAUACGUUCAUUCAUUCGUCUGGAGAUUACCCUCUGCUUAGACAGACCCAUGAACUCUUCCCAGCGGAACCUGUCGAGAGAAACUUCACCUUGUUAAUUCCAAUUAUUGCGAGAAUCAUCCUCGACUUGCUGACCAACCAGAAUAAGAUCGAAUACGCAAUUGGGCAUGUGAUCAUGUCGAUGUUGAUACUCGAAGCUGUGAGGAGGCAGGCUGCCAGUCCAUCAGAAAUAGAUGGCGGCGGAAAACGCAUCCCGUUGUCUCGACGGCUUCUACAAGCAGUUUCCUGUCUCCACCGCAAGGGCGGUCUCCGUGUUCUCUUUAAUGUAUUCGGUACUUCUUGUGCUUACUGGACCACUCACUCCUCCUUAACCACGAUAUUAUCAUCGCUAGUCCUUCACAACAAAACACUUCGUCCCUUCGCCCACAUCCUCUCAUCGGUCCUACUUGCCGGGGCGCAUUUCUCCUGGACCGCCCAUACGAUUCUCCCUCAUGACCAAUACCCCAGCCCAGUGAGCCAUAUGAGCAGAUUACUACGGGACAGCCGAAGUCGCCAGCUAUGGAAGGUCUUAGCGAUCCCCGCCCUAAUUCACUCCUCGGCGGAGGUCCUGAUGAGUUAUAUCCCCGCUAUGGUCGAACAUUUCAUCGGCGUACCACAAGAAAGCCUCACACUAGCGACCAAAUCGAACAUCAUCCUGUCGGAUAUUCUUGUGUCGGUGUUUAUGCUGGCUUGUCAUGUUCUGCUUCUUUUCCCGUCAUAUAUUGUCUUGAUCGCCGUCGAAGCGAGUCUUCUUCCUCCGUCCUGUGAAACUAUUGUGUUUGAGUCGAGCAGGCAGCGAGGGUUGAGGAUUGGGGAGAUAUUUUCGAGGGUUGAGGUGCCGUUACAGAUGCUGACGGCUUCGCGGAUGGUUGGUGUGGGGAUGUUGUUGUGGUGUCUUGAGCUCCAUGUGAAGAUGUGUCUCUUUUUGUUGGGCGUUGCGGCUGUUGCUCAUUUCGCUGCUCGUGGCCUGCUUUGA